AUGGAGGAUGAGGAUGAUAAUAGGGGUGAAAAGGAAGGAGGAGUUGUGGGUAGUCAUGAGGAACAUACUAAUCAAGACAUAGCUAAUGAGGAAGAAAAGAGUAAGAAUGAGGGAUAUUCUGGUGAAGAGAAGGAGAGUGAGAUAGAAGAUAUGGUAGGUGAACAAGUGGAUGAUUCUAUAGAAGAAGAGGAUAACUCUAAGAGUGAAGAUGAGGAUCAAGAAAAGGCAAGUGAGAGUGAAUGCAUGGAUGAAGAAAAUGAGGAAGAGAAUGAGAAUAUGAGUGAAGAAUCUGAAGGCUCUAUGACCAUUGGAAACACUGUCAUAGCCCUUUCAGAAGAAGCAAGUAGAGAGAAAAGGACUAAAGAGCCUGGGCCCUUGUUAACUCCUUUCACUGGAGAUGAGGAGGCCAGUAGUAAUAAAGAUGACUUGCCCUUGUCUGAGGUAGGGAAGAAACCCAAGAAGACUCAUGUGAAAGCAACAAAGUCUAUAGUCCCAAUAAGGAAAGAAAUGGCUAUUCCUGCCAAAACUCAUCUUGCAAUGAGUAAAAUAAAGGUCGUUGAUGAACAAAUCAUUAAAGAGUCCAGAGGUGCCAAGAAGCCAAUGAAGCAAGUUUCAAUUGUAAAACAUGUGAUUGAGUUGGAUAGAGAAGAUAAGUCUGAGUCUGGUUUGCUAGAAAAGUCCUCUACACAAAAUAGAAAGGUUGCCAAAGCUACAAAAACUACAACCCCAUCUGUAGACAUGGGCGAACCGGACGAAGAGAAUGUGUUUGCGGACAUAGAUGAAUAUAUUGAGGAUACAAACACCAUUGUCCCUCCUCGAGUUGACGCUGCCUCCUUCAAAGUGGAACAUAAUCUAAUCCUAAUGCUAAAGGCAGAGGGGUUCUUCCAAAAUUCCACUGAUGAUGAUCCUACACAACAUCUCAAAAUUCUUCUGGGUGUAUAUGCCAUGAAUAUGCAGAAUAAUAUCUCGGAUGAUGCCCUAAGGUUGAGGGUGUUCAAGAAAUCUUCAACUAGGGAGGCAAGACAGUGGAUCCAAAUUAUACCUCCUAAUUACAUCUACACUUGGCCCGAACUUGUCCGAGCUUUUCUAGCAAAAGGGUUCCCACAAAAUAAAAAUUUCGAGCUUCAGGAUAAAAUCUUCUUCUUCAAGCAAUUACUGGGAGAGCAUCUACAUGAGGCAUGA